AGAAAAUGGCAAAAUUCUGAUCAUCUCGUGGCUAGUUGUCGUAGUCUUUCUUCGAAAGCCAACCACCAAGGGCAAGAGACCUGAACGACCAGACAAUUAUGGGUGAGUAUUAUUGUUGUCGCCCUGGACAUUGGCAGACGGCUUUGUCUGUGGUCUGGAAUCGACGUGAGUAACGAGCCACCGAUCAGGCUUCUCCUGGGCUUGCCAGAAAUCAUACACUCGUAAUACCUACGAUAAAAUUUAAAAAAAAAAAAAAAAAAAAAAAAAAACUACUUUUUUUUUCUUUUUUUUUUCCCCCUUGCGAGAAACCACACGACUCUGAGUGGAAUCAGGCAUGCCGUUCUAUAAUUAUCACCUCAAGUUUGAGCUGUACCCAAAUCCUGACCUCGAAGCGACCCUUUCUCACUACGACAAGGACCCCGCCAACAUUUGGCUUCCGACCGAUGCCGCAGGCAUCUUUGGUCAACUUCCAUCACAUCCGCGAAUACACUCUGCGACAGCAGGUGGCAAAUCGACCUGGACAACAUCGGCGGCGCGUUCAGUUACAGAUACACGAGACAAGACCUGGGCACACGACUACAUUCCUGCUGAAGACCGACGGCAGAUCCAGCAGCAUCACUCCCAGGUCAUUGAUUGCGGCCCGUCGCGACUGGUCCAGCGAGGGCUUUCUACUUCGACGGGAGAGACAGACGCUGAGAGCAACAUUACACACGUAAGCGAGCGUCAGUUUCGUGCCAGAUCUCAGAGCAUCCCCGCGCCCAAGUUCACUGCCGGACUCAGGCCCAAAACGGCUGCCAAGGACUGGCGAUUCGGGCGCAUCAACAUCGAGAGCUUUGACCUGGAUGGGGACGAAACGGACACAACGGCUGGCAAGGGAGGAUUGGGAAUGUUGGGAAACAAUACAGGCCAAAAGAUGGUGGAAUCCAACGCAGAGGCCUCGGGCGCUGCCAGCGGCUCGACGAGCAACACGGCCGGUGUCAUGCCGGCAGCCUCUCUGGGACCGACCCUUGGAGGGGCAGCUCAGGCGACACGCGCGAGAUAUGUACCGCUGGAGACCAAGAACACCGAGAUCGGCUGGGGCAUCGUGCACUUGUAUCGCGAGGGCAGCGAUGGUAGCAGUUCCAAGGCCACCGCGUCUUCAGUAGACAAGGGGAUCGAGGGUGUCAACGACGACGACGGAACUAUUCUUUGUAUACCGGCUGUUCCUGGCUACCUCUCACCGAGCGACUUCCUUGGCUUCGUGGGCGAGAAAUGGCGCGGUGAUGUCAGCCACUAUCGUAUGGUCAUGACAAGUCGGAUGAACCGUUACAUGGUCCUUAUGAAGUUUCGAGAUGCGAAGAGGGCCAAGGAAUGGCGCAAGGAGUUUGAUGGCAAGGUCUUCAAUAGUCUAGAGGCUGAGAUCUGUCACGUCACCUACAUCAAGUCCAUCACGGUGGAGACGCCGACAAAGCCUGUUCCACGUUUCUCGGAGCCAUCGUCGUCCGUAUCGAGCUCACUCAAACCCUUCCCGCCCCCCACCGCCGACCUAGUCGAGCUACCUACCUGUCCCGUAUGCUUGGAACGUAUGGAUGACACAACCGGCCUCAUGACGAUUCUCUGCCAGCAUGUGUUCCAUUGCACAUGCCUUCAGACUUGGAAAGGAUCGGGCUGCCCUGUAUGCCGCGCAAGCACCAAACCCGCCCAUCCACCUACAUCAUCACCCUUGGACCAGCCUUUCGGCGCCGGCGUGUCAAAUUUAUGUACCGUGUGCGACGAGGCCUCGGACCUCUGGAUCUGCCUCAUAUGUGGAAACGUUGGCUGCGGUCGCUACAAGGGCGGUCACGCCAAGGAUCACUGGAAAGAGACGGCUCACUGCUUCAGCCUGGAGCUGGAAACACAGCAUGUCUGGGAUUACGCGGGCGACAUGUGGGUGCACCGCCUCAUUAGAGACAAGGGGGAUGGAAAGGUCGUCGAGCUACCGCAACGGCCAUCGCGGGAGGCUGACGACGACAAUGGCAUUUACGACGAGGACGUCGUCCCGCGCGCCAAGCUAGAUAGCAUCGGCCUCGAGUAUACCCAUUUGCUCACCAGCCAGCUCGAGUCUCAGCGCGUCUAUUUCGAGGAGCUAGUCAGCAAGGCGGCGGACAAGGCCUCCAGGGCCUCCGCGUCGGCAGAGUCGGCCAGCCUCGCCGCCGCAGAAGCCAUCCGGCAGCUCAACGAGCUCCGGGCCGAGCACGCGACACAAAAGACCGAGACGCUACCCUCGCUGGAGCGCGACCUGGCGCGCGAGAGGAAGCGGGCUGACAAGGCAGGCGACCUGGCCCGGGCAAUGGGCAAGUCGCUGCAGGAGGAGAAGCGCGUGAGCGAGGGGCUCAUGGCGCGCAUUGAGCACGUCAACCGCGAGCUUGAGGCUGUGAAGAUCGAGAUGGCUAAGCUUAAAGAGGAGAAUGAAGAGCUGAAGGACACGAAUCGGGACUUGACCAUGUUCAUAUCGGGACAGGAGAAGCUCAAGGAGAUGGAGAAUGAGGGUCAGAUCGAGGCUGGCGAGUUGGAGGAGGGUACAGCCAGCGUACCGGAGCAAAAGCGGAAGAAGGGCAAAGGAAAAGCAAAGAAGUGAGCGACAUGGCGACUAUGCCGUGCUUAACUUCCUGUCUGGUCGAACAUACGUCUCAAAUAAUGCGGGCGGAUAUGUCGUAAAUGAUGAACAGUAUGAAGUACAUAGUGAUAAU